AUGAGCUCCUCCAUAACGAUACCCCGCGCUGCCGGGGUUGGCGUUACACGCCCUGCCCUCUCUCAACUAGUGGCCUCACGCACCACUCACAGUCGAAGCAUCUUGGGCUGUGCCCGUAGCUACCAUACCGGAAACAAAGACAAGUUUGAGCGAAUUUCCCGCCGUAUCGACAAGUACCAUCGUCAUCCCGAAGCCAACUGUUGCCGUAAGGCAGAAGCUCGUGAAGACUGGCCUGCCACGAGCCACCGCAUCGCCGGGUGGACGCUUGGAAGCUGGCGUCGCUCGCGUUCCAGCUUUUCUGAACUCUCAUCUGGUCGAGAGACGACCUUUUGGGAUGCUGAGAAUGAGCAGAUGGCUCGGCAAAUAUCCUCGAUGAAAAAGCUCGCCUCGGAUGACCCCUACGAUGCACUUUUUGGACGUAAACUGGGCGCCUCCUACAUGGAACAGAACAAUGCUCGCUGGCCGAGCUUUCUUUGGACUUUCGUCAACGAGAAGCCUGCGUACGCUGAACCCUCCAAAGCACACCUCCAAGACUUCAACUUCACUCGUUCCCCCUCGUCCAGCUCUCUUGGAAACCCAGAUGCCCUUCAAUAUGACCCGAUUAGUGGCCGCAUGGUGCCAGCACCCCCCGUCGAAUCCAAAAUCAAAGGUACUAAAGCCUCUGUGGACUGUCCUCCCGGCAGCGAAGUUGAGGCAAAAUUCACUUCAAUCCCUGCUGUUCCCGAGGAUAGCAAGUUCCGCAAGACCUCGGCCAUUGCCCAUUCCCAGACCAUCGACUGUCCGCCUGGCUCUGAACUAGACGCCCUCUACAAGACCGAUCCAGCCGCCCUUAAGGAUGCCAAGGUUACCGGUGUGAAGCAUGGCGAAGAGUCCACUCAAAAACCCAAUGUUAACAUUUCCUGUGCUCCAGGCAGUGAGUUAGAAGCGCUUUUUAUCUCCGAGUCGAUACACACAGAGCAACCACAUGCCGAGACUUUCAACGUCAAGAAAAGUGCCAAACAUUAUAGGCCCGAUGCAGGCUUAAACACCAGUGGAAAUGUCGAAUGUGCCCCCGGCAGCGAGCUCGAGGCCAUGUUUUCCUCCAACCCCGCCGCUCGCGAGGACCGAAGCCGCCCUUUGAAUGCAUUUAACCCCGAGUCAAGCGAAACUCACACCACUGUGUCUGUUGACUGCCCCCCUGGAGGUGAGCUGGAAGCGAAAUUUGCUACCCAGCUCAGCCUGGGAGAGCACUACACCGCCCCCACCGAUGUACCAAACAUUGAUUGUGCCCCUGGAAGUGAGGUUGAGGCAAAGAUGGUUGCCGAGUCUGGCAUCAACCUCUCUCAAGCCCCGGAGCGACCUACCCCGAGUGUUGAUCGCACUGAAAGCAUUGACUACGCACCUGGUAGUGAGCUGGAAGCACUGUUCACUGCGGAUCCCGCCUCUGCUGAGACAAUAACCCGCCCAGCUAAACUCGCCGAUUCGAGGAGCACCCAGAAGGCUCCUCUCACCAUGGAUUGUGCCCCUGGAAACGAGUUAGAGGCGAUGUUCGCUUCCGAGGCCGCCGCUACUGGAGCAUAUGGCAAAGUCGAGAAUGUGAGCCCACUGCAAGCCAGCGACAUUCGAGCUGGCCGCAUCUCAGAUGUCCAAUACGACGGUGUCGAAGACCGUGUCGGUGAUUUCCUAGCAUUGAACCCCAAGGCUGCGAACACUGGAUCCGCCCCCUUCCGUAUCCUAGCCUACGAUGCCGCCGCUUCAAAGGUUGCCAGCUCCGAGGCAGACUCAUUCUUCGGUGCCAAUGAGCCCGUAGCACCGCACGAGGUUCUCUCCCGCCUUCACAACCCCGCGAAAUUCGUACCCUACUUCGAACAAAUGCAACAAGACGGAUAUGAGAUAGCCACAGGUGGCGGUGACAUCAUCGUCUUCAGGAAAUCCUCCAACGGCUCAGUCAACCCAAUCAUGUCCCCUGAAGUCGCUGCGCGACAGGAAGAUAUCCAUGCCGACAUUGCGAAGUCCAUCCACCAUGACUCCUACAAUUCAUCGGAGUCCUCCUCUCGCCCUUCCACCUCUAAGCCUUCUUCAAAGUCAAAGUCAAAGCCGAACGCCAAUAAGCACACUCGUGCGGAGGAAUCGCAGGCUUCUGGAUCCUCUACAAACCCGAAACCAAAAGCCCGGUCCACAUUUUCCAAAGCAGUUCGCCGAAUUUUCAUCACCGGUACCAUUGUCGGUGCAUCGUGCUAUGCCUUUGGAGUGGUGACUGAGUACUUCCGCACAGGCGGAAAAGACGGAUAUGGCAUUGACGGGUUCACCGUAUUUGAGUCCGAUAGGCGUCAUCGGUGA